AGAAAAGGAACAUAGAAGUCUGUGUCAGUCGAUACUAGUGUAGGACAUCAAGAGUGUCUGUCCAUACGAUGAUGCUUGCGGCUGGAGGCAUCAUCACCGGCACCGCGCACUGAAACAAAUGAGCAGCGGUGAUUUUACGACAAAAGCAAACUCAGUAGACUAGGCUACAACCGACUUUGUAGCCUAUCGCAGUGGAUGGAAAACAUAUAUUCAACGUACUUUAUAUGAGCUAUAGCUAUUAUUGAUUGUUAUUUAGAGAGUUAUUGCGGAAGUGAAACUAUGUGGUGAGUGUGCGUAAUCAACACCUCUCCAAUACGCAGCAGUCUUGUCAGCUCAGCGAGCGCGGUUCGUCAUUGCAUGCUCCAGCAGAGACUGAAAGUUACCUGCACAUUGGUCCUCGUUGUCUUUUAUCAUUGUCUCCAAUGUUAUGUGAACAACAUAGUUGCCGGGGUAUGAUUUGGAACCCCAUUCCCUUUCCAUCAGCUCCUGGACAACAGUAAAAGGGGAAUGCUAUUGAGGCAGUCCGUGGCAGGAUCUUGUAGAAUAGCUCCCAGCCUGUUAUCAACGUUUGCAGUCUAUCCACUCUGAUCUCCCUAAAGUCCCUCUCUGUCCCCCACCAUGGAGAGUCUGAGUGAGCUGCAGAACCCGCUCCUAGAUAAGACGAGCAGCAGACACAUGGUCCACAACGACUACCAGGCUUACCAGGGCGACUACCCGAACCGUCAGUGCCAGGAGAACAUCAUUGGCUACUUCGUCACAGGGAGCAACGGCAAGACUAAGGCCCAGCAGUUUCUGGAUGCCACCUCUCUGCACCUGGCAGUGGAGGCCUUCUAUAGGCCCAACUUAAUCCUGUACAAGGACGAUGUCAGCCUCCAGAGCAAGGACUCUAAGAGUGAGAGCUCCGAGACCACCUUCACAGAGAACAAGGACAGUGUAGUGGGAGUGGAGGGAGCCCCCAUAGAGGACCCUCAGGACAAACUGCUGGGAGAGAAGGAUGUGAAGAUCCAAACAGUCUCCUAUGAGGUGGAGGAGGAGGGACAUGAGUAUGAGAGCGACAGCUCCAGUGACACUGAGAGUGAGGACAACUUCAUCAUGCUGCCCCCUCGGGACCACUUGGGCCUGGCCAUCUUCUCCAUGCUCUGCUGCUUCUGGCCCCUAGGGAUCGCUGCCUUCUACUUCUCCCAGAGGACUAGCAAGGCCAUGGCUAAGGGAGACUUCUCUAGGGCAGGCCGUAGCUCCAGAAGAGCCCUGUUCCUCGCUGCUCUCUCCAUCACCAUUGGGGCAGGGAUGUACGUGGGGGUGGUGGUGGCCCUUGUAGCCUACCUGUCCAAGUCCAGGGGACACAUAUAGGAGCAGGACCAGGGCCACAGGGGAGAGUGCUUGGGAAAUCUUCCCUGCUAUGGCAACCCUGAAGCACCAGUCUACAUGUGGCUCUGUAGGGAUGUUUUGGUUUUGGAGCAGCUGAGAGGAGGAGAAGAAGGACCAGGGGGAGAGACAGCCACUUUUCUCUAGGUCUAUCUACCUGGUAAGGAUUUUUGAGGAAUACAAAAUAAUGAGGGAAAACCCCUAAAGGAAAGAAGAACUAUUGUCACACAAUGACUGUUCUGCUCCUCUACUUGAAUGAGAUGAAAGAUAGUGAAGUAGAUGUGAUGAUACAGUACUACCUAAAUUCCAGAACUAACCACCUAUGAUCAUGGAGGCCCCAUCCAUAUUUGUAGCUGUUCUCUGUAAAUACUUCUUGUGCAGAUGGUGUUUUUGGUCGUAUUGAUUUUCAUGCCACAGUGAGUUAUAAUGAACCUGCCAUUGUGUCUGAAAUGCAAAACCAAGAAGGCGUUACUUUCAUGAUUAUUCAUCAAACUGUUCGCCAGUCCAGUCCAGGAGAAUCAACUGCCAUCCCUUAAUAGACUCUAGACAAAGAAAACUGUGUUUAUUGUGCACUGUAUAUCCUGUCAGAAUAAAUACAUUGAAUAAUGAG